AUGUCUGAUAAUCAGAAUCUCGACAAUAUUGUCGACGAUAACACUGACGACGACGACAACGAAGAUCAACUUCAAAUGGACGACGAAGAAGAUGAAAUUCCCUUCGAUCACGACGACUUCAACAAGGCAGUGCCAAGCCACCAAGAACCUCAGCCAAAUGUGGCCGACGAUACACGCCAUCUCUCUUCACGCUCUAGCUUUAUGUCAUCCUCUCUCUUCAACAUUACAACCUAUAAACAAAACUUAACAAGGAGACUCAACAAUCUUCAACAACUACUUAACGAAGCAAAUCAAUAUAGCCCCACCAGGACUUACCCAUCCGGAGCAACCGAACUCAAGGUCUACGUGGCCACUAAUAAGUUUAAGGUAACACAAUUGAAGCGACAAAUAGAAGAACAAACCAACAAAAUAUGGACACUUUACGAGUCAUACAUACAAGCAAUUCAAUCAUCACCAGAAAACAAAUCAUACGAAGAGGCAUUCAAUAAGUACUGGGAAGAAAAAGAUGGAGAAACAAAACUGUCGCUUGCCACAAAUAUUGCACAACAACUUGACAAAAGAGCAACCGAACUAGAAUGCCAAGACAUAGCUAUCAAACUUACACAAAACAAUUCAACAAACCAAAACGCUAACACUCAAGAGACGUUAAUUCAACCAUUAAACUCCUUAGCUCUUGAACAACGACUGCUUAACUGUGAACUGAAAAUCCCAGAAUUCAACGGCAAUCCAGCCGAGUUUGGACCCUUCUGGGAACUAUUCGAAGAAUUAGUACACAAACAACCAUACUCCAACAUAGGCAAACUAUCAAUUCUCCUGAGCUGUUGCAAAGGAGAUGCAGCACGAUCACUACGAAUGAUUCCUCGAACAGGAGACGCAUACGAAAGAGCAAUACAACAACUCAAGAACCAGUACGAAGACCCUAAAAGAAUUACCAUACAAAUGAUCCGUCAGCUUAAAUCAAUGAAACGAUAUACAAGCCGUAAUAGCCACAAUACAAAAACAAGGAGAAGUAGUGAUUCAACUUACAUGACAACAAUGGUACUCGAAACAUUCCCCAGAAAUAUUCAAGAAGAGAUCGCGCGAAAAGAAUUUGACAACGGUACAGAGUGA